UAUUUAAGAGUUAGAAGGAUUAUAUAUUCAUUCCACGACAAACCUCGCACCAUAAAAGAGAAAGAGAGGAAGAGUCUCUUUUUUUUUUGUAGUUGAGGAGAGAAAAUUAGUGUUAAAAAGAGAAAAAAAAGGAAAGACUUGAAGGCUCAAACAAAAGCAAAAUUACUUGUAAUCUUUCUUCCCCUUCCCCAUUAGCCUUGUUUUUCACUCCAAACAAACUUUGCUUUUUUUUUUUUCUUCUUCUUUCUUCUUCAUCUUGUUGUUGAUUUGAGAUAGUAACAAUGGAAAUCAAUUCAAGAAUUCAAGAUAGAGAGAACCCAUCUUCCAUAAACUCACCAAGAAGCAAUGGAACAAGUCCUACAAGCAACAGCAAUGGAUCAGUUAUCCAAAAUCCAACCCCACCACUGACCCCAAAAACAAUUUCUAGAUCUGAAACAACUAACCCAUACCCAACAACUUUUGUUCAAGCUGAUACUUCUUCUUUCAAACAAGUGGUUCAAAUGCUAACUGGAUCAUCUGAAACUACUGGGAAACAAGCAUCUGCUUCAGAUCCAUCUUCUUCUACAAAUUCAAAUUCAGCAAAAAGUUCAAUUCCCCCAAUUCGAACAGCACCGAAGAAACCUGGGUUCAAGCUUUACGAGAGGAGAAACAGUUUGAAAAAUGGGUUUAUGAUUAGCCCUUUGAUUCCUGGAAUUCAUCCUCAGAAUUCGAGUUUUUCUCCUCGGAACAAACCGGAGAUUCUCUCACCGAGUAUUCUAGAUUUCCCUUCACUUGCUUUAAGCCCUGUUACGCCAUUGAAUGAAGACCCAUUUAAUAAAUCAUCGCCAUUAACGAAUCUAUCUGAAGAAGAUAAAGCUAUUGCUGAGAAGAAGUUUUAUUUGCAUCCUUCACCAAGAAGAACACCGAGAGACUCUGAACCACAGCUUUUGCCUCUGUUUCCGGUGAGUUCUCCGAGAGUUUCAGGGUCUUCUUCUUGAAAGUGAAUUUUUCAGUGAUUUGUGCUGCUGCUGUGAGAAGGAGAAGAAUUUCAGCAACAAAAAGGUAGAGAUCUUAGUUUCAACUGUAUAAUUUGAUCUCCCUUUUUCAUCCAUUGUUUCAGAAACAGAUUAAAACGAAGAAAACUGAAAUAAACAACUUUUGUUCCAUA